CAUAGCUCAAGGGACGCGGUAUUGGAGUGAGGACAGGACACAUCCUUUUUCAAAGACACUGCAGCUGCGCAGAAGCAGUACAGCUCAUAUACCAGUGGCUUCUGCUUAGAUAAAACGUCAUUAAACUCAGUUUCACUCAUCUCACCAGCAUCUUUCAACAGGGUGGGGGAAGGUUCUACAGUAGUACCAAAAAGAAUUUCCUUGCAAGAAUCCUUUCAACUCUAUCUUGGAUCUUCUCAAUCCCCACCGACAAAGCUUCAACUCUAAAGCAAAAGAGAAAAAGAGAACAACUAAAGUUCAGACAGACAGACAGAUACCAGUAGUACAUAAAAUAUAGAUAAUAAAUAAAGCCUUCCUUACAGGAACAAGGUAGGGAGUGUUCUUUGCCUGCCAUUUUCUCCUCCUCCGCAAAAAUCAAUCCCACUGAACUUGCUGGCAAAGGAAAUAGAAAUGGGAGAUUAUAAGGGAGUAAGAGUAUCUUGUUUUAUGUUGGUGAUGCUGCUUGUAAUCUGCACCAAUGGAGAAGACGCAUACAGGUUCUUUACUUGGAAUGUCACCUAUGGUGAUAUCUACCCUCUUGGAGUGAAACAACAGGGGAUUCUGAUAAACGGCCAAUUUCCGGGGCCACAAAUUGAAUCCGUGACCAACGAGAACUUGAUCAUUAAUGUUUUCAAUAGCUUGGAUCAACCCUUUCUAAUCUCUUGGAAUGGCGUGCAACAAAGAAGAAAUUCAUGGCAGGACGGAGUGUACGGUACCAACUGCCCCAUCCCUCCUGGGGGGAACUUCACCUACACUCUUCAAGUGAAGGAUCAGAUAGGCAGCUACUUUUACUUCCCAUCUCUUGCCUUGCAUAAGGCAGCAGGAGGAUAUGGUGGCUUCAGAAUUUUUAGCCGCUCUGUUAUUCCUGUUCCUUUCCCGCCUCCUGCUGCUGAUUACACCAUUUUGGCAGGUGACUGGUACAAGAAAAACCAUACUGACUUGAAAGCAAUUUUAGAUAGCGGUAGUGAUCUUCCCUUCCCAGAUGGCCUACUUAUCAAUGGUCGUGGUGCAAAUGGAUACACAUUUACUGUUGAUCAAGGCAAGACUUACAGGUUUCGCAUAUCCAAUGUUGGGCUUACAACAUCCAUCAAUUUCAGAAUCCAGGGGCACAAAUUGCUGUUAGUAGAGGUUGAAGGAACUCACACGCUACAAAACACUUAUGAUUCCCUUGAUAUUCACUUGGGGCAAUCCUACUCCGUGUUGGUUACUGCUGAUCAACCGGCACAAGAAUACUACAUUGUUGCCUCAACCCGUUUCACCUCCCAGGUGCUUGCCACAACAGCAAUUCUUCGUUAUAGUAACUCAGCAGGAACCGUUUCUGGUCCUCUUCCCGGGGGCCCAACUACUCAAAUUGAUUGGUCUCUUGAACAAGCCCGUUCUAUCAGGCGGAACCUCACAGCUAGUGGACCAAGACCGAAUCCUCAAGGCUCAUACCACUAUGGACUGAUCAACACCACGCGUACAGUUAGACUUGCAAGCUCUGCUUCUAUUAUCAAUGGCAAGCCGAGGUAUGCUGUCAACAGUGUUUCCUUCAUCCCAGCUGACACCCCACUUAAACUUGCUGACUACUUCAACAUCUCUGGAGUAUUUUCCCUUGGAAGCAUUCCAGAUGGUCCGACUGGAGGUGGCGCUUACCUCCAAACUUCUGUCAUGGCUGCUGAUUUUAGAGGUUAUGCUGAGAUUGUUUUUGAGAAUCCAGAAGACACUCUGCAAUCAUGGCACAUUGAUGGUCACAACUUCUUUGUUGUGGGGAUGGAUGGGGGUCAGUGGACGCCGGCAAGCAGGUUAACUUACAACUUGAGAGAUACAAUUUCGCGUUGCACUGUUCAGGUGUAUCCAAGGUCAUGGACUGCAGUCUAUAUGCCUUUGGAUAAUGUGGGGAUGUGGAACGUAAGAUCGGAGAAUUGGGCUCGCCAAUACCUAGGCCAGCAAUUCUAUCUCCGUGUCUACUCCCCUGCAAAUUCAUGGAGGGAUGAAUAUCCGAUCCCAAGGAAUGCUCUUCUAUGUGGUCGGGCGGUAGGACAACGCACGUGAAGCAAAAAUGAUUGAUUGGAGAGGAACUGUCAGAACUCAUGAUUCUGCAGUGGUUUGGCCGGAGGAGACAAGAUAUAUCUGUAGACUGUAUUGUAUUGUAUUGUAUCGUUAACGGUGCUCUAACAAUUAGGCAAGGCUUAACUCGAGCCACGCACCUUCAUCUUAUACUUGACUGGUUCAGUUUUUUGUUUCGCAUUAGGGGAUUGUUGUCAUUACAGAAAUGAUCAUCGUCUUUUUGAUGUGAAUUUAAAACAACCUGAGUUCUAUAACUUAGUCAAAGUAGUGCUUCGUUUA